GAAAAUUCUAAACCAUGUUUAGGCACAACUAGAGAAUACAUAGGCUUAACACGUCGUGGAAAGAAAGUGAUUUCGAAGAAAAAGGAUGACGAUGAGUCAUGAUCUCUCAUCUGCUAAGAAAGCACAGGAGCAGGGUGCGUAUCGUUCAGGUGAUGACGUCGUGAUCAAAGGUGCUCUGCGAAGUAGCGGCGGCGAAGAGGGCAUCAGGCGGAAGAGCAUACCAGGAUCGUCCACGGCUCAGGAUGAAGCUGCGGUUAUCGCUCGUAGUGGAAGUCAGGUAUCGCUGAACGAUACGGCGGCCCCUCCUGUAGGUAGCGACGGCCGACGACGCUUAUCUCAAGGGGAGACGCAGCAACCGGAUCGACACAAUCGGUCAAGUCGACCUCCACAGGGCGCGCCCGAGCGGAAUGGAAUGUGGGUCGUUGAAGAUGUCGUUGAAUUCAGAGGCGAUCACGUCCUACGAGAGGACACGACCAUUAUGGGUCAACUUGAAUAUGAUGCCGGCAAUUUUCAGCUCAUUUUGUCAACAGCCUCCUUGUUCUCCCUCGAAGAAAAAUUUCCAAUAGGACGAUGUGAAUAUUCUGACGUUGGUUAGUGUUUUGUGUGAAAAUGAUACAUGCACUACGGUGUGUCGUGUGUAUCAUCUUCAUAUACUUCUAGCUCUAAUGUCGCACGUUAUUUUGCGGACACCAACCAGGGAGCGCUGUCACUGACGUGCUUCCUGCAGACAUGUCUUGCCGGAGGGGGAAAUCGUGGCCCCAGGCCUUAGUGGAGUCGUAUUGCUGAACUUAUAGCAUGUACAUCUCAUAAUAUCAUGUACAAUUUUUUGCUGCAGACGCAUCUUAUGAAAUAGAAGAGUCGAGUUGUAUUCACACAUUCAUAUUAAAACCGACGUGCUGUUGAUGUUGUGCCUUGUGCAAAAACAUGAACUUUCGAAACAAAAGACCACCUAUGAUCAUUGAGUGUUGUAUUUUCGUAUAUUGGGGAACAUCAAGAAACAUAAAUAGAAGGAGGCGCUGCGAUAGGCGUCGAUUAUAGCUCAUUUUUCUU